AUGAAGGAACGCUUUCAGGAAGAACUUUCUCUGGUUGGAAUUAAAGUGGAAGGACUGAAGGUGAAGAUUAAAAACACGGAGGAGGUGAAUGAAACGAAAGAAGCGAUUAGAACAAGGUCUCAUAUCAACAAGGAUCUUGGCGACAAGGUCAAUAACUGUGAAUUUAGUGCUGUUGUGAGUGAAAAAUUGAAACGUGUUCAGAUAACAGAUAAUGUCGACGCGAUUGAAACACGCAACGACCUUGGAGCGAAAACACAUGAAGUGAAGGACUACAAGUCAGCUUUAGAGUCCUAUCAAAAAGCUCUUGGAGUGAAGUUGAAACUAUACGGAGAAGAUCAUCUUUCCACAGCUGACACUUAUUACAACAUUGGAAUCACACAACAUCAGAUGAAUGAUUACAAGUCAGCAUUAGAAUCGAAUAAAAAAGCUCUUGAUAUCCGAUUAAAACUGUAUGGAGAAAAUCAUCCCGACUCCGCUCAAUGUUAUUUUAAUAUUGGAUACAUUCAACAUGACAUGAAGGAUUAUAAGUCCGCAUUAAAGUCAAAUCAAAAAGUCCUUGAAAUUAGGUUAAAACUAUACGGAGAAGAUCACCCAGACGUGGCUAACAGUUAUUACAACAUGGGAAUCACACAACAUGAGAUGAAAGAUUACAAGUCAGCGUUGGAAUCACAUCAAAAAGCUCUUGACAUUCGAUUAAAGUUGCACGGAAAAGAUCAUCCUGCAACAGCUGACAGUUAUUGCAACAUUGGAAUCGCACAACAUGAGGUAAAAGAUUACAAAUCAGCGAUAAAAUCGCAUCAAAAGGGCCUUGAAAUUACAAUAAAGCUGUUUGGAGAAAAUCAUCCUUUGACUGCAGACUGUUAUCACAAUAUUGGAAUCACACAACAUGAGAUGAAAGAUUACAAUUCAGCGUUAAAGUCGAAUCAAAAAGCUCUUAAAAUCAGGUUAGAACUUUAUGGCGAAGAUCAUCCUACAAUAGCUGACAGUUACUGCAACAAUGCGAUCACGUAUCAUGCGAUGAAGGAUUACAAAUCGGCAUUAGAAUCGAGUAGAAAAGCUCUCGAAAUCAGAUUAAGUAAUGGAGAGAAUCAUCCUGACACAGCGGACAGUUAUUACAACAUUGGAAUCGCACAGAAUGAGAUGAAAGAUUACAAAUCAGCAUUAGAAUCGAAUGAAAAGGCUCUUAACAUCAGAUUGAAAGUAUGGAGAAAAUCAUUCUGA